UAUGAAUUCACAAUAGACAUCUAAUAUAUUAAACAAUUCAGAUAUUAUUGAAGGAGUUGAAUAACUAUCUCAAAAUAACUCUAUCAUUUAACAAAUGUUUAAAGAAUUAAACUUAUCUACUGAAUAUCCUGAUUAUUCAAGUGUAGAUUAUUGGAAUAAUAGAUACUCUUUAUAAAAGGAAAAAUGCUUUGAAUGGCUAUAAAGCUAUUCUAAACUUUAACCAUUUAUUCAUAAUUGUUUAUUUGGUAGAUUUGAUAUCAGUUAAAUAUUAUAUGUUGGUUGUGGGAAUUCUCAAUUAUAAGAUUAUAUGUAAUUAGAUGGUAUAAAAAAUAUUCGAUGCAUUGAUUUCAGUGAUAUUUUAAUCAGGUAAAAACAAUAAUAAACAAUUCCCUAUUAUUUAAUGGAUGUAACAAAUAAAAUUGAUUUUGAAGAUGAAGAAUUUGACUUUAUUAUUGAUAAAUGCCUUUUGGAUAGUUUGAUGAGUGGAACUUCAUUUUUUGAGAGAGUCUCUAAAUAUUUAAGUGAGUGCUACAGAAUCUUGAAACCUAAUGGUACUUUUAUGAUUGUAUCUUAUGGGCAUCCAGAUAUCAGAACUAUAUAUUUAAAGAUGUUCAAAAUUUAAAUUAUUCAAAUUGAAAAAAUAAAAAUAGAAUAAUUCAAUGAUAUUGAGCAUCAUUAUAUAUAUAUGUGUACUAAGUGA